AGUAAAAGCCGACAUCAUGGCGAAUCCCUUUUUAAUGGACGAAGACCUGGAUGGUUGCGAUGCGGCUGCCAACCCGUUCCUCAUGCAAUCAGAGCCUGAACCUAGUACGGAUAAUCCUUUUGGAGCAGCUACCGGCGCCUCAAAUCCCUUUGCCUUUGGCGCCGAUGAUCUCGAGUUGGGGGCGGAACCGGAAGCGGAGGCUGCCCAUGACAACGACCUCGACCCGGCGAUGAGUUUCUUUGGCACUACGAUCGAGGCGGAGGACGACGCGUUGAGUUUGAAAUCAGGCGCCGAGGAGGAGGACGAGGGCAAGAAGCCGCCUCAGUCACAGCCACAGUUGCCAUCGCAAUCGCAUGCGCACCCGCCCCCGCCACGCCCUCAGGCUCCUCCACAGAGCACCCAAGACUUAAUUAGCACGGUGUCCAGUCAGUUGGACGAAACUAGUUCGGAGCUACUGGGUCGUAUACCUGCCACCCGAUCGCCCAGCCCGGUUUCGAUGCGGGAUCUGCACUCGCCGAGUCCCACUCCGGACUCGGGACUAGCCGAUCUCCUGGAUGUGUCGGUGGAUAGUGGAUCGAGUGCCCAUACUCAAGGAAUGGAGGCGGACCUAAUUGGGGGAGUGGCAGGCGGGGUGCCGCUAGAUAAUCCCUUUGCAGUUCCGACAGCGGUGCCGAAUAUACAGGCGGCAGCUCCACUGCCUGCCACACCGAUGAAGCAACCCCCUCGCCCACCACCGCCUCGUCCUGCUCCCCCACGCCCCGCUCCUCCAGGUCAAGCGGCACCACAGAGACCUCCACCACCGGUGGCCGCAGCUGGUCCACCGCCAGCCGCUCCAGAAGCGGAUGACCUUUUGGAUAUGUUUGGUACUACGGCCAGUAAGCCGGCCAAGCCGCCGCCACCCAAGUCCAAGGAGGACAUACUGAGUCUCUUCGAGCAACCACAUGCACCACCAGCCCCACCAGCAUCCAAGCCGGACUUACUGCAUGACGAUCUGCCCGAGGCGAUUGGGGAGGAUGUACCGCCGGAACAAGAGGAGCCGAACGAGGAGCAGAGGAACGGAAACAACUCACGAGAUGAACCAGUAUUCACUUCCCUACUAAUACGACCGGACGAAAGCACCCAUGACAUAACCUCCCAACCACAGGCGGCUACUGGACUGGAACGGCAGUUGAAUAAUAUGGCUGCACCACCGGGAGCCGCCAGCACGCAGAGGGCUACCACACCGGAUAUUGAGAUCACCACGGUGGAGGACCUGCCGCGGUCUGAUGACGAGGAUGAGCCGGAGGUUAUGCAGGAACCGGAGGCAGAUACGAAACCACAAAUCGAACCCGAAACGGAGCCCGAAAUCGUCUCCGAUCACAGCCCCCCAACGGAACGCCUAGUGAGCACCCAGGCAGCUCUCGUCGAUGAUGAGCCCAUAGCCAGUGAGCCCGAGCCGGAGCAAAUGGACACCGGUCUAGACUUUCCGCUGGCUUCCAGCGGCCUGGCCAGCGGUCAGUUGUCCGCCAACCCCUUCGCCAGCCCCGAGGAGGAAGAGGAGCCGAACCUCGCACCCGUGCCAGCGGUAGUUGCCAAUAUAUUUGCGGUGGACGAUCCGGAACCGGAGAUGGAAACACCGCAAGCGCCCAGCUAUACGGCCAAUAUCUUUGCUACCGAGCCAGACGAGUUCGACGCGUUCUCAGCCAAGUUUGACUCGGUGAAGAAGGACAAUAUCAGCAUUCUGGAUGGCUUUGGCGGUUCCGGAGCGAUAACGCCCACGGGCGGAGAUGCCUGGGGAGAUAGCGCUUUCGGAUCGGCUACGAUCUCGGCUAAUGCUUUUGGCGACACCAAUUCGGCGGAUGAUGGCUUCGGCAACGAGGACGAUGACUUCUAUGCAAUGCAGGCGCCCGCACGCGCGGAUUCCGUGGAAUCGGUGGACAAGGAGUUCAGCGUGGUUAUCCGCCCGAAGGCAGAGGGAACUAGUGGCGUAGCCCCGCAGCUUGCGCCUCCACCACCGCCGGCGCGUGGCGUUAACCAGGCACAGACCACAUCCCCGCCUGGCCCAACCGUCAAUCCGUUCGAGGAUGUUAGUGGCUUCCCGGCUCCGGGGCCGCCACCAGCCGAUGGAACCGUCAUUAAACGCACGGACUCGCAGGACACUCCACAGACACCGCUCUAUGACGAGGAUGUAUCCCAGCCGCUGGAGGAGUUUCCGAGACUCCAUUACAUUGGGCCCGGAUGGGAGAUGCAACUGCGGCAGCCCAACAAGAAGAAGAUCACUGGUCAGCGCUUCUGGAAGAAGAUCUUUGUUCGACUGGUGGUGCAGAACGAUGUGCCGGUGGUGCAGCUGCUUAACCAGGCGGGCGAUAAGCAACCCUUCCAAGAACUGCCCUUACAACCGUCGUAUUCUGUGUCGGAGAUCGGGGCUCAGCAGUAUGACCAGUUCGGCAAGAUUUUCACGAUGAAACUGCAGUACAUUUUCUACAAGGAGAGACCCGGCGUCAGACCCGGCCAAGUAACCAAGGCGGAGCGGAUCACAAAUAAGCUGACCAAGUUCGCACAAUACGCCAUCGCUGGCGACUACGAAGGCGUCAAGGAGUUUGGCAGCGAUCUCAAAAAGCUGGGCCUGCCAGUGGAGCAUGCGCCGCAGUCGUCGCAGCUCUUCAAGAUUGGCUCAAUGAACUACGAGGACAUGAAGCAGUUCUCGGUCUGCAUCGAGGAGGCUUUGUUCAAGCUUCCGGCUCUGCGGGAGCGAGCGUUGACCUACAAAAUGGAGGAGGUCCAGGUAACCGCCGUUGAUGAGAUUACUGUGGAACAGGACUUCGAGGGCAAGAUCCUCAAACAGAUUGCCCGGGUGCGACUCUUCUUCCUCGCCUUCCUUACCGGCAUGCCCACCAUCGAGUUGGGCGUAAACGAUAUGUGGCGGCAGGGGAAGGAGGUUGUCGGCCGGCACGACAUCAUCCCGGUGGCCACCGAGGAGUGGAUCAGGCUGGAGGCCGUCGAGUUUCAUAGUGUUGUUAAUCAGCAGGAGUACGAGAGAACGCGCACCAUCAAAUUUCAACCGCCAGACGCGAACUACAUUGAGCUGCUCCGCUUCCGUGUGCGUCCGCCCAAGAAUCGCGAACUUCCGCUGCAGCUGAAGGCAACCUGGUGCGUCAGCGGCAACAAGGUAGAGCUGCGGGCCGACAUCUUGGUGCCGGGAUUCACCUCCCGCAAGUUAGGCCAAAUCCCCUGCGAGGAUGUCUCCGUGCGCUUCCCGAUACCCGAGUGCUGGAUCUACCUGUUCCGUGUGGAGAAGCACUUCAGAUAUGGCUCGGUUAAGUCAGCUCAUCGGCGAACAGGCAAGAUCAAGGGUAUCGAGCGGAUCCUGGGUGCCGUAGACACGCUUCAGGAGUCGCUGAUCGAGGUGACCUCCGGACAGGCCAAAUACGAGCAUCAUCAUCGGGCCAUUGUGUGGCGUUGUCCCCGUUUGCCCAAAGAGGGUCAAGGUGCGUAUACCACACAUCAGCUGGUCUGCCGCAUGGCACUUACAUCGUACGACCAGAUUCCAAGCGAACUGGCGCCAUACGCUUUCGUGGAGUUCACUAUGCCCGCCACGCAGGUCUCGCAUACCACCGUGCGCUCCGUGAGUGUCCAGGAUUCGGAUGCCGAUGAGCCGCCAGAGAAGUACGUCCGCUAUUUGGCACGGCACGAGUACAAGGUUGGCAUCGAGACCACGCACGGCGAGUCCACGAACGCGUAUUUGGCGGCAACGCGUCCUAUUCGCGAGGAGCCGCCCAGCACGGCCACCAAGCCUACGGCAUCCCCGGUUCCGCCCAGCGAUUCGGACACGGACUCCAACUAAGCUGGCUAGCCGCGCUGCUCCGGCGGUGUUCCGGUGGCACACUGGGGCAGUGGCUUUUUGUAGAUAUUCCUCUUGCAUGGUUUUCCUUAUCGUUCUUGUUAUAUACAUACAUGUUAUACAAUACGGUGCUUAAGUGCAGCAAUUGAAGAGUGCGAGUAAAGCAGACGAAGGAAGAAGCUGACGAAGUGGUCAUCGCUGUGUAAAAAGCCAAAUGAACGAGGUCGAGUCGAGAUGGAGCUAGGGGAUCUGUGGAUCCGUCAGCGGGCGAGCAGAAAGCUAAAGCAUCUUACGUAACCUUUAAUCUAUGAACCAUAUAACCACAGCCAUAGUCACCCGACCUACCCCUAACCCAGCCAAGCCCAAAAAAAUGAAACUUCGUUACUUGUAGACAUAUGAUCACGUUAAUGUUAAUUGAUAUCAGACCAGAAUCGUACUUAAAGUCAACCCAUACAUAUGCAUAGUGGUUAUUAUCCCAAGACACUGAAACUCAUACAAGCGAACGAAGAAAAACUAAAAGGAUGUUUUCCGAAGGCAGAAAAAAAGCAAUUUCCCCUCAUAGCGUUUAAAAGCAUAGGCUCAAAUGCACAUAACCAAUACAAAAUGGAGCUGCUCUACCUUAAAUAAGAUUACACAUCGCUGGCUCCAGUUUCCAACUUAACAUUCGCAUAAUGUUAACGUUAGCAUUACCGUGUAAGUUUCUGGCGCAAGCUGCCAGCUUCGCAUAGAUUAAUCAACACUGGAGUGAGCUGCCAGCCUUAGAAGACGUUAACCUACCCUGGAACGAGCUGCCAGCUUUAUAAAGUUAACCAACACUGGUCACCAUACAUACAUACAUAUGUGGGGUGUGAAACUUGAAACUAUCCAUAGCCAUCAGCUACACUUAGGUUUAUGUAUACCACUAAUUUAAUAAAUUUAGAAAUGAAUUGAAAACUACAAGCAAAAGCAAAAACGUAAACGAAAAUGCAUAUUCAAAUGUUAUUGUUGUGAAUUAAAUUAAAUUAUAUUCAAACUAAACUACAAAGUAAUGGGAAACAAUAUAGGCAAAUCAUCUUUGUUGACGCAAAAAGUGUAUAAGAAACCAAAAUGCUAUAUUUAUUUAAAACCUAACGAAGAUAUUCAUAUAUAUUUCAUAUUUGCCAUACAUACAUACUGAUUAUUUGUUGAUUGUGUUUUAGAGGAAUUUCAUGCAAAUAGGAUUUGUUAAUUGCGUGUUAAAUGAAUAUAUUCUUCAUCCCAGACUAACGACCUCCCGAAGGCUUGCAUUUUUUCGAUUUCUUGUCCUCUCCAUAACGCAAUAAUUCAUGUCAAACAGCUCUACUACGGACUCUUAAAACGGCUCUCAAUGGAAUCAUUAAUAUAAAUAGAGAAUGUGUAUAUUGUACCCCUAAGAAAUGAAUCUUCAUUCAUGUAUUAUGUAUGUUACAUUAUUUACGUUUAAUUCUACAUAUAUUAUAUCGUAUAUAGCAUAUAUAUUGUAUGUACAAUAAAAAAGAAGGAAAUCUAUGCAAACAAACCGUUCGGUUGACAAACACUCUCACAUGUUAUAUUUAUAUAAUAAUUAUACAAAAAUCGACGGUCCCGACGCGAUAUAUGCCCCGAUGCAUAUUCUUAUGUGGGCAUAUACUGCGCUGGAAUUAGUUGCUAUUAUACAAAUAUGCGGCGCAAGCCAAAAGGUAUUAACCGAUAAACUAAAAACAAUAUAAUGAAUUAUUAUGAACCGAACAAAAAACGCAUUAUGAUGGAACAAUAUCUAGUCAAAUGAGAAAAUAAAUAUUGAGACAACAAAUA